CCGAGAAGUCAACAGUAAUAUGUAAAAAUAACAAUUAAUACCUACCUACUCGAAAUUUUUGUGUUUUAUAAUACUCUUUUCCAAAUUUUUCCAAAUUACAAUGCCCUGUAAAAACGCUCUGGGGCCGGGCCCGGGCGCCUACAGACUGCCUACAACGGUGGGCUACAACCAACACGACCCGUCGCGUUACCGCAACCCGAUGUACUCAUUCGGUACGCACGCCGGCUUUCGGUUAAAACAGCUGGGCCCAGGACCGACCUACCGAAUAGAUCGAGUCACGCGCGAUGGUGUGGUGUCGUCACCCGCGUGGAGUUUUGGUGCCCGGUUCCCAGGCCGAGGUGCAAUGCGAACUCCUGGCCCCGGAGCGCACGCGCCAGAACGCUGUCCACCAACCCGCGAGCCUCGUGCGCCGCAGUACUCUAUGGGCGCGCGCCUUGGAUUCGGGCUGAAGAGGGCAGGCCCCGCGCCUAAUGCCUAUGCACUAAGACUUGGCCCUGGAACGCCUGCCUACACGAUGGGGGCGCGGCUGGGUAUCAACCUUAAAGCAAAGUCCCCUGGACCGGCGGUUUACUUUCAACGUGACGCCGAUGUAUACAAAACGAAAGCCCCGAUCUACAGUCUAGGCGCCCGGGCGGAAGGCGCCGGUAAGCCUACUAAGACACCGGGGCCUGCUGCUUAUCCUCCUAAUCUCUAUAACACCAAAAAGAAUCCGUAUUCAUACUCGUUUGGCACGAAACAUGGCGACUGCGCACCACCCUUGAUCGUGAAAGAAGACACAAUGGACUGUCUUUGAAAUUGAUCCAAACCACAACUAGAGACAAAAGCCAGACUUGAGAAGAUGCAGGAAAGGAUUCAAAUGCCUUGAAAUGUAAUGCAACUUGCUCUAAACCAAUAUCUGUUCUAAAUAAAAUCUAGUACAAAAAACAGUACUAAUUUAGUAUAUGGAGUACAAAAUUACAUGAACUUUAGUAAAACUCUAAAAAUUAUAUUGUUUUUUUUUUGUGCAAUAAAUUAGAAUGUUUUCAAUGAAUUAUCCAUUAUGGUUUGUUGCUGAUUGUGAAAAUUACGUGUUUAUGUGAAAUUUGUAACAUGCAAUGUAC